AUGGAGAUCAACCAGUGCCUUCCACAGGCAACUGCACAUGACCAAAGUCCCAGGAUGUCUGUUCUGUUUCUGCUGCCCGUUGUCAUUGUAGUCUGCAUGAGUAAGGGCGAAUUUUAUGAACAUAUGAAAGAGCCAAUGAUGUGUUACAAAUGUAAAAGAUAUCAUCUCGGGAUAUGCUAUGAAUCCAUGAGGUCCUGCACCCUGAAGUACAAACAGACAUGUGCUGUUGAAAACGUUUACUUCCUUACCAAAAAAGGGCGGAGUAUGUAUUUUUAUUCAAAACUGUCAUGUAAGGCCAACUGUGAAGACAUCAACUUCUUAAGUUUUGACAAGAGAACAGAGCUCAUCUGUUGCAAACAUAAAAGCUACUGCAACCUCCCCGAAGGUGUCUAA